AGCAACGCAACCACAAAAUAGCCCGGCGAUCAUCCGACCGGAUGUAGUCUGUACGUCGUUGUACUUGUAAGUUGUAGAUCAACUCGCGACUGAACUGCAUGCAGUUGACAUGGCGAUAGAAUGAGGACGCUCUCUUUACCAAAAACGCUACACAGUAGAUCUACACGCCACAAGUAGGCCCACACCAGCAUGCUAGCAGCAGUUGCUUGUCAGUUUUCAUCACGACUGUGCAGAUAUGCAUUAUGGUAAAGGUAGAUUUGUCGGGGAAAUUAAUACCAUCGAAACUGCGGCGCUUCUGCGCUGACUAAUGGGCAGUGGUAUUACUAGCGGAUAGUUCUCUUCGCCUAGCAUCUUCUUUAUAUUAUAGGGUGUUUGGACUUCCAAUAAGCAGCUGGAUUUUCUGCAAGAUACUACCAAGUAAAGCACUGCAGCAGUGAUUUGUACAAAUUAUUUCAGUACCUUGAAUGUUAGUUGUUCGUCUCUUCAGACCGUCUGUCCAUUGAUCACCAUAGCCUGCACAUAGCGGAUCAACGGCGGACAUGCAGCAGCGAGGAAAGGGUAGCUCAGCCACCCGCCCGGCAACAACGCUUGGACGCCCAGCUCAGUCAUCCAGCACUCCUUUGAAGGCGAUUAGACCGCAGACGUCGGCUGAUCUACUGCGGCAGCGCGAGGAAGACUGCCUCAAGCGCAAUGCCGAGUUGGAAGAGCGUACCAGCAACCUGAUGCAGGAAGCCCAGGCAUUCCUGACCAAGGAGCGGGCUUCUCCAACACCGCCAUCAUCUAGACCUGGUACUUCGUCCGGUCACCGGGCCAGAUUUGAUGAAACUGAUGAUUCUCGCCCACCAUCCACACGCAGGACCAAACCCAGUACAAAGGCAACCUCUGGAGCAAGGCCCAAGACUGUCGGCAUCGCUGCAAAGCGCAACACAGCUACAGGCCCAUCGACUACGGCGACCGGCGCCCGGCCACCAUCUGCACCAACAAGUUUCCGUCGAACAACACGGCCGCCCAGUGGUGCUGGUGGUGCAGCCGCUGCAGCUGUCCUGCUAAGGGACAAAGAGGACAAAGACACUCCGACUGGCACCGAAGAUGUGGCCGCCGCUAGUAUCAUGGACCAGGCAGCAGAGAUUCUGGCCACAGAUCAGUCGGAUGAAAUAGCUGUUGGUGCUAUAACACGUCUUCUGAAGGCCAGAGUAGUUGUCUUGCAGGAGGAACUGCAGUCCAUGGCUGUAGAGAGUGUCACAAAGGACAACAAGAUGAAGAAGCUCGAUGGAGAAAUGAAGCAGCUCCAGGAGGACAGGGCCCAGUUGACAAAGCAGGUACAAACUACCAAAUCACAGCUGGAGAGGCAGGUCCAGCUGACAGAUCAUGCAAAGCAGACCUCUUCUAGCCUGGAAAAACAAUUGUCUGGUGUUCGUAAGGACUACGAGUCAUCUCAGAGCACUAUCAAACAGAUGCAAGCUAGUCAAAGUGCACUGGAAGUCAGAUUGAACCGUGCACUGGAAGAGGUGGAGCGCUGCAAAGCAUCCAUGCACCAGAGAAGUAGCCAGGCAAAGGAGACAGCAGAUCACAGUAGACAACUUGUAGAGCAGUUACAGAAGCAGGCCAAACAGCAUGAAAAGCAGAAAGCGGACCUCAUCGCCAUCUUCAAGAAACAACAGAAACUAAUCGACGUGCUCAAGCAGCAAAAGAUGCAUAUUGAAGCUGCACGCGUCCUGGAGUUCAGUGAAAAGGAGUUCAUUAGCCUGUUGGACUGGGGGAGUUCAAGCUAAACCCAGUGCACUGCACCCUGCAGUAUGUUCUCUGCAGAAUAGUCCAUUCUACUCGGCAGAGGUUCUUGUCUUCUGCAAUGAGUGAAUGGUACUCGGCGUGCACCCGGUAUGCGUAUAGUCUCUCAACGAUGUGGUACAAUGGUACUGCACGUCAAGCUGUCUUCGAGCAUCCAGCGCAUCAUGGAGCCAUCUACAGCCUCGGAGUGGAGAUCACUGUAGUCCUGUACUCCUCUACUGUAGGCCUGUACAAAGCCAGUGCCCAUCGUAUCUGCCACUGUUGUGAUUCUUGGACUCAAAGCAAACUCAUCACUAUGCCAUGCGGUAUAUGCUGUAUUCUUACCGUUACGGUACUAGUGCACACACCGAAAGCAAAGGUCUGUUUAGCUGUAACUUCAACUUCACGCAUCCUAGCAAUCAUUAGGCAGCCGCCGCAUUCACCCGACAUGAUCGCUAGGAUGCCUGUCACUUGAGGUUACAGAUGAACUAAACUAAGUGACAAACGCCUUCGGUGUGUGUGUGUGUGUGUGUGUGUGUGUGUGUGUGUGUGUGUGUGUGUGUGUGUGUGUGUGUGUGUGUGUGUGUGUGUGUGUGUGUAUUGCUCAUGGCAUUUGUGCAUUGUACUUUUUUCGAGUUGCCUCGACCGACCCUGUUUGUGUUCUUACCACCAUGUUCCAAUGGUAACUCGCCCUUGAUUAUAAGUCGCAGCCCAUAUUCACGUCCGAGCCAAAUCAGUGUCUUACUACAUUCACAUUAAAGUGAGAAAUCACACUCAACUGUAAGUCGCACCUCCUUCUUUUCCCUUGAAGUUUAGUGUAAUUGCUAACACAUUCACAACUCGAGGCCGCCAUGCCGACAAUGCAUUCUAUACGGAGGUAACAUUGCACCUAAAUCUCUCUUCUCAAGCGCUGUGUUUCUCAUUUGGCAUUCACCCAGUGUGUUUGUUUUGGAUCUGAGACUGAAGCCAUGCUUCAACACUUUU